AUGGAGGAUAGGUUGGUGAAGGAUGUGGGACAGCAGAGAGAUGCAAAUGCUGCUGCGACUCUGCAAGCUGUGCAGAGGUUAGGCCAACUAGCCGGAAAUGGAAACGGAGAUGGAAUUAGGAACAGUAAUACGGAAGGAAAUGGUGAUAACAUGGGAGCUGCUCCGAUGACCUUGGAUACUUUUCUCAAGGUUCAUCUGCCAAGUUUCAGAGGUUCAACCAACCCUACAGAAGCGGAUAAUUGGUUUCAGGCCAUGGAGCGUGUGUUACAAGCAGAGCAUGUUCUGAACAACCAGUAUGUAGAGUUUGAUGCGUAUCAGCUUUUGGGAGAGGCUCAGCAUUGGUGGCAAGGAGAAUGCCGCUUGCUCCAGCUUCAGAAUGCCGAUAUCCAUUGGGAUGUAUUCCAAACGGCUUUCUACAAGAAGGGCUUGAAGGAUAAUAUCAUGACUGUUGUGGCUCCUUUGGAGAUUCGUAUUUUCUCCGAUCUGGUGAAUAAAGCGAGAGUUGUUGAGGAAUAUGUAAAGACGGUAGCCUCGUCAAAGGACACUCAUGGAGGAAACACUAGUCGGGGACGUGGCAAGUACUUUCAGGCAAGUGGUCAGAAUUUCAAGAAAGGAGGACAUGCACCUCAAGGUCAAGGAGGCUUUAGAAAGAACACCUAUUAUCAGUACCAGCGUGGCAAAGGGAGAGGAAAUCAGAGUAAGGUUUCUCCAGAUUUAAUUUGUGAUCAUUGUGGACAUUUUCAUCCAUAUGACUCUUGUAAGAUUAGUAUAUGUGGUUGCUUCAACUGUGGUUUGCCUGGUCAUAUUGCGAGAGAUUGCACUCGUGGGAAGAAGGCAAAUGCGGAAGCUAGAUCAAAUUCGGUAGUUAGAGAUUGUUCGGAGGUGUUCCCGGAAGAUAUUAUUGAGUUUCCACCUCAAAAUGAGAUUGAAUUUGUGAUUGAAUUGGUGUUGGGAGCCGGACCAGUGUCGAUUGUGCCCUAUCGAAUGGCUCCGAUAGAGCUGGCUGAACUAAAGGCUCAGUUGGAAGAGCUUCUGAACAAGAGGUUUAUUCGACAGAGUGUAUCUCCGUAG